AUUUCCCAGUCCGGCGGUAGCGCUGUGGGAGGGAAUUGGCAAUCUCUCUGCCUACGUGGGAGAGACGGGAGGGUUGGGGGAAGUGUGGAAAACCUGAACCUGAGCUGCUGUCGCCUGAGGAAGAUUUGGUGGGAGGAGAAGCAGAGGGGAAGAGACGGGUUGAGGGUGAGGUGAGGAGGGCAUCCAGGUCACUGCUCCCGGGGGGCACAAAGUUCGCGAUGUGGCUGAAGCCUGAGGAAGUGCUUCUGAAAAAUGCGCUGAAGCUGUGGCUGAUGGAAAGGUCCAACGACUACUUCGUGCUGCAGCGGCGUCGGGGCUACGGGGAGGAAGGCGGAGGGGGGCUCACAGGGCUUCUGGUUGGGACUCUUGAUUCAGUCUUAGACUCUACUGCUAAAGUAGCUCCAUUUCGCAUCCUACACCAGACACCAGAUUCUCAAGUUUACUUGUCAAUUGCAUGUGGAGCCAACAGAGAAGAAAUAACCAAGCAUUGGGAUUGGUUGGAACAAAAUAUUAUGAAGACCUUAUCUGUAUUUGAUUCAAAUGAAGAUAUUACUAAUUUUGUACAAGGAAAAAUAAGAGGAUUAAUUGCUGAAGAGGGAAAACAUUGUUUUGCAAAAGAUGAUCCUGAGAAAUUUCGAGAAGCCCUUUUGAAAUUUGAAAAAUGUUUUGGUUUACCAGAGAAGGAGAAGUUAGUGACCUAUUAUUCAUGCAGUUAUUGGAAAGGACGGGUUCCUUGUCAGGGUUGGCUUUAUCUUAGCACCAACUUUCUGAGCUUCUAUUCUUUUUUGUUGGGAUCAGAAAUAAAACUCAUUAUCUCCUGGGAUGAAGUCUCGAAACUUGAAAAGACUUCAAAUGUCAUACUGACAGAGAGUAUUCACGUGUGUUCCCAAAGAGAGAAUCACUACUUUUCAAUGUUUUUGCACAUUAACCAAACAUACCUUCUUAUGGAACAGCUGGCAAACUAUGCCAUUAGAAGACUUUUUGAUAAGGAAACAUUUGAUAAUGACCCAGUCCUUUAUAAUCCUCUACAGAUCACCAAAAGAGGUCUGGAAAAUAGAGCCCACAGUGAGCAAUUUAAUGCCUUUUUUAGGCUGCCCAAAGGAGAGAGUUUGAAAGAAGUACAUGAAUGUUUCUUAUGGGUACCAUUCAGCCACUUCAAUACUCAUGGGAAAAUGUGCAUCUCAGAAAAUUAUAUCUGCUUUGCUAGCCAAGAUGGCAAUCAGUGUAGUAUAAUCAUUCCACUACGAGAGGUCUUAGCUAUAGAUAAGACAAAUGAUUCCAGCAAAUCUGUCAUCAUUAGCAUCAAAGGAAAAACAGCUUUUCGCUUCCAUGAAGUUAAAGACUUUGAACAACUGGUAGCAAAACUCAGGCUCAGAUGUGGAGCAGCUUCAACUCAAUAUCAUGAUAUUAGCACAGAGCUUGCUAUUAGUUCUGAGUCUACAGAGCCAUCUGAUAAUUUUGAGGUGCAAUCUUUGACAAGUCAGAGGGAAUGCAGUAAAACUGUGAACACUGAAGCCUUAAUGACGGUAUUUCACCCUCAGAAUUUGGAGACUCUUAAUUCUAAAAUGUUGAAAGAAAAAAUGAAGGAACAGUCAUGGAAAAUACUGUUUGCAGAAUGUGGGCGUGGUGUUAGUAUGUUUCGAACCAAAAAGACUCGAGAUCUUGUUGUAAGAGGGAUUCCAGAAACCUUAAGAGGAGAACUCUGGAUGCUUUUUUCAGGUGCUGUUAAUGACAUGGCUACUAAUCCUGGCUAUUACGCUGAAGUGGUUGAGCAGUCCUUAGGGACCUGCAACUUGGCUACUGAAGAAAUUGAACGUGAUUUACGUCGCUCUCUUCCUGAGCACCCAGCCUUUCAGAGUGACACUGGCAUAUCUGCUCUGAGAAGGGUACUCACUGCUUAUGCAUACAGGAACCCCAAAAUUGGAUACUGCCAGGCAAUGAAUAUUUUGACUUCAGUGCUGCUUCUAUAUGCAAAAGAGGAAGAAGCUUUUUGGCUUCUGGUUGCUGUAUGUGAACGAAUGUUGCCUGAUUAUUUUAAUCGUCGAAUUAUUGGUGCCUUGGUGGAUCAGGCAGUCUUUGAAGAACUUAUCAGGGAUCACCUUCCUCAGCUGACAGAACACAUGACUGAUAUGACAUUCUUUUCCUCAGUUUCUCUCUCUUGGUUUCUCACACUUUUUAUUAGUGUGCUACCUAUUGAAAGUGCAGUGAAUGUGGUGGACUGUUUCUUCUAUGAUGGAAUAAAGGCCAUUUUGCAACUGGGAUUGGCAAUACUUGACUAUAAUUUAGACAAACUGCUGACUUGUAAAGAUGAUGCUGAAGCUGUGACAGCUUUAAACAGGUUCUUUGACAACGUCACUAAUAAGGAUAGUCCAUUGCCUUCAAAUGUUCAGCAGGGUUCAAAUGUGAGUGAUGAAAAAACCAGUCAUACUAGAGUGGAUAUUACAGAUUUGAUUAGAGAAUCAAAUGAGAAAUAUGGUAAUAUUCGCUAUGAAGAUAUACACAGUAUGCGCUGUCGAAAUAGGUUGUAUGUGAUACAGACCCUAGAGGAAACAACAAAACAGAAUGUGUUGCGUGUUGUAUCACAAGAUGUGAAAUUGAGCCUUCAUGAAUUGGAUGAACUUUAUGUCAUCUUUAAGAAAGAGCUGUUUUUAUCUUGUUAUUGGUGUUUGGGUUGUCCGGUAUUGAAGCAUCAUGACCCCAGUCUGCCAUAUUUGGAACAGUAUCAGAUUGACUGCCAGCAGUUCAGAGCGUUGUAUCACUUGUUGAGUCCCUGGGCUCAUUCUGCAAAUAGAGACUCACUAGCUUUAUGGACAUUCAGAUUGUUGGAUGAAAACUCGGAUUGCCUUAUAAACUUCAAAGAAUUCUCCUCUGCAAUUGACAUAAUGUACAAUGGAAGUUUUACUGAGAAGCUUAAGCUGCUUUUUAAGCUACAUAUUCCUCCAGCUUAUACUGAAGUGAAAUCUAAGGAUGCUUCAAAAGGAGAUGAACUUUCCAAGGAAGAAUUACUUUAUUUCAGUCAGCUCCACGUUUCUAAGCCUGCAAAUGAGAAGGAAGCAGAAUCAGCAAAACACAGCCCUGAAAAAGGCAAAGGGAAAAUUGAUAUUCAAGCAUAUCUAAGUCAAUGGCAAGAUGAGCUUUUCAAAGAAGAAGAAAACAUUAAGGAUUUACCAAGAAUGAAUCAGUCUCAGUUUAUUCAGUUUUCAAAGACCCUCUAUAACUUAUUUCAUGAGGACCCUGAAGAAGAAUCAUUAUAUCAAGCCAUUGCUGUUGUAACCAGCCUUUUACUCAGGAUGGAAGAAGUUGGAAGGAAACUACAUAGCCCUACAUCAUCAGCCAAAGGAUUCUCUGGUACUGUCUGUGGUUCUGGAGGACCCAGUGAGGAAAAAACAGGGAGCCACUUGGAGAAAGAUCCUUGUUCCUUUAGGGAGGAACCUCAGUGGUCAUUUGCAUUUGAACAGGUCCUUGCAUCGCUGUUGAAUGAACCAGCAUUGGUGAGGUUUUUUGAGAAACACAUAGAUGUAAAAGCCAAGCUGGAAAAUGCAAAAAUUUCUCAGUUAAGGUCUAGAACCAAGAUGUAAAUCCCUAGGAAUUGCCUAUCAUAGACAAGUUUACUAACAUUCCUGUAGCUGUCAGCUUGAUUCCUGUGAGUAGGGCUCAGGGAUUUAUCUUGUUACCAAUGUGUCUGAAGGCCAAAAUAUAUAUCCAGAAGCACAAUGCAUCAUUCCUUUGUUGUUGAUAAUGGACUUUGUUAGCACUUUUUUAAAAAACAAACAAACAAAAACAAACAAACAAAAAAACAAGCAAACCACAUUUGUUAUCUCAAAUUUUGAUGAUAUUCUCAAAUACAAAUAUACUUUUUUAUAUUUCACAAUAUAUGCGAUAUCAGGGGAAUAUGCUAAAUGUUACCACCAGAGGGCACAAGCAUAUCACUUUUAGUAAGGAAAUUACUAGCUUGUGUUGCUAUUUACAUAUGAAUUACUGAUUAUUUUGAAAAGACGGUGUUAUGCUUGGGUGUUAGUGAGGCUGAUAGUCAUGUCAAUCGAUAAACCCUACUUUCCAAAUUAUCUAAAAGAUUACCAUUUGGGGCCCUUGUUUUCAAGUUAUCUAACUGAAAUAUUAUUAAUUUUUUAAAGUUAAUCUCAUUCAGUCUUCUAGUAAUAAAUGCUUUUUUAAGUACCUUCCAUACUCUUCCUACCUGAGGGGUUCAGAGGCUGCUGACUCACACUGCUAACUCUGUUACUGAUAAAAGCAAAUCAAUAACUCUAAAUUCUGGGCGGAUAUAAAGAAAAAAACAAUAUUGGAUUUGGAUCUAAGCUGGGUAAAAUCAGCCUUCUGAGAAGGCUAAGAAACAGUUCAAUUAACUGUAUAGAUCUUUCAUUAGACCAAGAAAUCACUAGAAAUUCUGGGCAGUGCCGUUUGUGGCAUUUGUCUCAGAGUAGCUUAUGACUGCUUUGGUUCUAGCUUUAGAUUUUGGAUUUUCACCAGUCAUGUGUUAAUUUACAUUAGAUAGUAAAGAAUGGCUACACUAAGACUGAAUUAUCUUAUUAGUCUGGCAAGCACAUAAAGUAUACUUGUAUGUAAUGAUUGCCAAGGUAACAGAAUUGCUGACAUCUGUCUAAAAAGUUUUGACUAUCCAAUUUAGAUGUGUAAUUUCUAUAUACUUUAUGCUGUUUUUAUUUCAAUCAUUACAGACAGUCUAUUUAGAGAUCAUGGGCUUUGUUAGCACUUUAAAAAAAAAGCAAACCACACUUGUCCACUGUCCUGUGCUAUUCCUACCAACGACAAUUUAUUAAUCAAUUGACUUAGAAAAUUGGGGGAGAAAUCAUUCAUUGGAGCUUCUUUCUUUACAAAAGACUUUGGUUAUAAGCCCUUUGACUUUUCUAGAUGUGAAACCAUGAAAGGGCAGACCUCCUUCAGAGUGACUCAAGAGGUCUCCCUUUCUUGGAGGGAGUUGGUACAGUCAGCCUUUGGAAAGAAUCCACUGUGAACAAAGCUUAACACAUGGGGCUUCAUCGCCCGUAGAAUAUGUUAUUUUCAAAGAAGUUCAAGAAUUUUCAAGUUGAGCCUUUGAAAAUCCCAUAAAUUGGUUUUAGCUAAACACUCACUAGUAGUGUCUUUAAAUUAUUUAAUCAGGCUUGUCCUUUCAAGGAAGUUACCACUUAAAGAGAUAGUUGGUAAAUAAACAUCUAUACCUUUUCUCAGAAAUGAUUUGCUGAACUAUGUCCAUAUUUUAGAGCUUAGUUAAUAGUUUAUAUGGAAACUAUUAUACAUCUGCUAUUAUGCAAUGAUUGUUAAAUUAUACUGAAGUAGCUCUAGAAAGACACAUGUAUACAAGGCACUAUUGUGCACACUUUGCUGAAUAUUUUGUCAGUUGUAUUUACAAAGAAAGGUGCUUUCUUAAGAGCAUAUAUGUUAUUAAUAUUUGAUAUGAUUUUAAAGUCAGAAUAGUACAAAUUACUGAGUAUUAUAUUUUAGCCUAGAUUAAUUAAAAUUGAAUACUGAAAGAUUUUUUGAGUUGCAAAAAGUUUAUAAAUGCAAAGCAAAAAGAAAACAUUUAUUUUCUGAGUCUGCAGGAGAAACAAACUAAACAUUAUAGUUUUAUAGCUGCUAUCUUGUUAACCAAACAGGUUGUUCAUAAUAUUAAAAAUCUUAUGUAGUUGUGUUAAACUGAACCAAUUCAUUAUACCUUAUGCAUUAAAUUAAAUAUGUUAUAAGGUGGCUUUACUUGUCUUUAUAAAAAUAAAUAUAUCUACUAAA